AUGAUGAGUAUCAGUAUCAUGGCUCUCCCACUCGUCAUCUCCGUUUUCAAACCCCUCACCUCCACCACCCGCCUCCACUCCACACUCUUACGCCGCCGCCGUUUCACUACUCCCACUCUCACCGCAUCCGCCACAACCACUCCUCAACAACCUUCACAUUCAACUUCUCUCUCUCAACACUCCCCACCAUCUCCCACUUCCACGCUUCACAAUCACAACCUCUCUUCCCUCACUUUCCAGCAAGCCAUUCAGCGCCUUCAGGAAUAUUGGGCUUCUGUUGGAUGUUCCAUAAUGCAAUGCAGCAACACUGAGGUUGGAGCUGGGACUAUGAAUCCUCUUACAUAUUUAAGAGUUCUCGGUCCAGAACCAUGGAAUGUUGCGUAUGUGGAACCUAGCGUCCGCCCUGAUGAUAGUCGAUAUGGAGAAAACCCAAAUAGGCUCCAAAAACACACUCAAUUUCAGGUAAUAUUGAAGCCUGAUCCUGGAAAUUCACAGGACCUUUUUAUCCGCAGCCUUUCAGCUUUAGGUAGUAACUAG